AUGUCUUGUCCAUUGUCAACCGACACCGAUGAAGCUACCCUUCGCCAGCUCAGCCGCGCACAGUUGCAAAAGGUCGCGAAAGAACACAAAGUGAAGGCAAAUAUGAAGAGCAAAUUGAUCAUCAAAGAGAUAGUAAAUAUGACCAUUCCUGGUCCUUCGUCGCGAGUAUCAAAGAUAGCGGCAAAAGCAAGUGGUGAGAAUCAUGCGCGAGAUCACUUGAACAGUUCUCUUGUCGAGGAAAACGACACCUCAUCCAGUGCCGCACAUGCAGAUACAAUCACACACUCUCUGACCAUUGAAGAAAUCAUGGAGUUCGCGGAACACCUUACCAUCAAGGACAUAAUCACUGAAGGUGGUCCCAAUAGCUUUUCCUAUUCUGCAAAACAUUGA